AGCAUUUUCUGAGCAAAUUUGGGGGUUGUUCCACAUAGGCUCAAAAAGAGCUCAUAUGUGUGAGCAUAUUCGGAGCUACGCUGAAUCAACUUUGGCGAAUGAAGUUGCCUAUACCCAGCUAACUUCUAGCUAUGCGAAUCCAUCCACAUCAAAUAUGUUGCAGCAGAUUUACGACCAACUGCAAAAAUUAAACAAAAAUGUGGAAGAUCUUAAUGAACGCGUAAUUAAAUUGGAAGCUGAUAACACUAUCAUUCAAACUCGAAUUUUAACGGAAGUGAUAGCACAACGAAAGCUUGUUAAAGGAAAUAAGCCUCGUAUGUUGCUACCACCAAAAUCCUUCAAUAAAAUUGAAGAGAUAGAAAAAUUUGAAGAGGAAUUAAAUAAUUCAGCAGAAUUGUGUGAACAGCUGGAUGCUGAAAUCAAAAAUUACAACAUUUCUGAUCCUGCCAAAUUUUUGCGCACAAUGUGGAAGAAAAUUUUUUCGGAUGAGAUUGCUCUUAAGUAUUCGUGGAAGGGGACUCACACUAAAAACUGUGUUCUGAGCAUGGCGAUAACGACAGCCAUGAGAAGUGCUUUUAAUCAAAAAUUUGCAGUGGAUGAAAAACAGUUUUCAUCAAUUUCCAGCAAAUGGUUUCAAACUGCAAAUGAUAGAAUUAAAUAUUAUAACAAAGCUAAAAAACAUUUGACUUAG